AUGGCACCUCGAGGGCGCCCGUUGAGGACUUCAGCCUCCAAAACAUCGCUGUGUAAGUCACUGCCUAAAAUCAAUUCAAUGUUAAUUCUGCUAACUCUACCUUUUCAAGCCUCAAAAGUCGCCACCCCCAAUGUAUCGACCCCGGCAUCCAGGACUCCCUCGAGACGCAGCACUAGGAUUGCUAAAGUAAUCGAGAUCCCCGACUCGGACGCACUUGAAGAGAUAUUCGGUUCAGAUCCAGUUGUUAAGGGCAAAUUUGAAGGAGUCUACGUCCCCUCGGCCAGUGGACCUACAACUCGGCGAGGUCGAACAACCACGUCAACAUCCACAGCUCCAUCCUCAAUCGCCGACUCACUCGAGUCCUCUAGCUAUGAGACUCCUGGAACCAGUACUGCUCAGACUCCCAACACCAUCAAUCGACCUGCUUCCAAGUCUAAGAUAGGCGCAACGGCCAGAGCGAUCCAACUGAGUACCUCCAACUUUGCGCUGGGAGGCAGCAAGAAGAGAGGAAAACGCGACUUCUCUGAAAUAUCUACUGGAUACGAGCAGGAAGACAAUGAUGCAAAGAUUGCAGCGAGACUCCAAGCAGAGGAGUACAAUACUAUCCCAGAUUCCGAUGCGUCCGAUUCCGAACCCCUCUACAAAAAACGGAAGGUCCCUGGAAAACGCUCUGGCGUUAUCAGAUUGUCCAACUCUUCAGACGAAGACGAAAUCUCUCUUCCCAACAGAAAGAGACCAACCCUUGUUACCCGCCAGCUACCUCCUCCCAGCCGUAGUACUGGUGUUCCUCUUGAUGACUCCGAGCUGUCAUCCCUCGACUCAACUUUCGAAGAGGAUGAUGCUUCAGAUUUCGAUCUCCCCUCAUUGUCUGUCACCCCGUCAGAGGCUACUCCGUCAGAGGUUGCUGAUGACGAUCUUGUUGCCGCCGCGGCUACUACUCAAAUAUCUACUUCUGGUACCAGAGUCAGAGGCGCUGCAAGGGGUAGACGUACGGGUAGGCGCCGACGUUUCGACCGAGAGGAUGAAUGGGAUCCUGUGAAACGACGACAGCAACGCGAGCGUAAGAAGCUCGAGCGUUCGCAUCCAGAAAUCAUCACCAUGUGGUCCGAUCUCAAAAAGAUUGAUCCAAUCAAGCCUGUUGCCGCGAAGCAACCUGAGGCCAUCAAUCGCAAGCUGAAAGGCUUCCAGUUAGAGGGGCUAGAUUGGAUGAUCAAGCAAGAGAAAUCUCAGUGGAAAGGCGGUCUUCUCGGCGACGAAAUGGGUAUGGGAAAGACAAUUCAAGCUGUCAGCUUGAUCAUGUCCGAUUGGCCAGCCAAAGCACCAACAUUGGUUAUAGUGCCACCGGUUGCUCUCAUGCAAUGGCAGUCAGAGAUUACAGACUACACGAGUGGAAGGCUAAAGGUUCUCAUCUAUCACGCCUCUGCCAACCCGAAGUGCAAGCUACUCACUGUCAAAGACUUGAAAAAGUACGACGUUAUCAUGGUCUCUUAUUCCGGCCUCGAAGUCAUGUACCGUAAACAGUACAAAGGCUGGAACCGCGACAACGGCAUUGUGAAAGAAGACAGCAUACUACACGCCAUCAAAUAUCACCGACUCAUUCUUGAUGAAGCUCACAGCAUAAAGUCAAGAACCGCCAGCGUUGCCAAAGCUUGCUUUGCUUUACAGGCAGACUUCAAAUGGUGUCUAUCAGGCACUCCUGUUCAAAACCGAAUCGGAGAAUUCUUCUCUCUACUCCGGUUUCUGCAGGUUAUGCCCUUUGCUUGCUAUUUUUGCAAGAACUGUAGUUGCCGUCAAUUGCAUUGGAGCCAGGAUGAGCAAAAGAUGUGCGUUAAGUGCAAGCACAGUGGUUUCAGCCAUGUUUCAGUCUUCAACCAAGAAAUCCUCAAUCCAAUUACUGGCGAUGAUACGGAGAAACGAAAAGAAGGCCUCAAUAAGUUACGACUGAUCACCGACCGUAUCAUGUUACGUCGUAUGAAACGAGAUCACACUUCCUCGAUGGAAUUGCCUCCCAAGGACGUUGUCAUUCACAACGAAUUCUUCGGAGAGAUGGAACAUGACUUCUCGCAGAGUAUCAUGUCCAACUCGAACCGCAAAUUUGACACCUACGUCGCCCAAGGUGUCAUGUUGAACAAUUAUGCCAACAUCUUCGGUUUGAUCAUGCAGAUGAGACAAGUCGCAAACCAUCCUGAUCUGAUCCUCCGCAAAAAUGCAGAAGGUGGUCAAAAUGUUCUCGUUUGCCGGAUUUGUGAUGAACCCGCCGAGGAAGCAAUUCGAUCACGCUGCCGACAUGAAUUUUGUCGUCAAUGUGCCAAAUCCUACGUCCAAUCAUUCAAUGGUGCGGAAGGCGAUGCCGAUUGUCCAGCAUGCCACAUUCCCCUGGUCAUCGAUUGGGAUCAGCCAGAGAUUGAACAAGACGAAGAAAAUGUCAAGAAGAAUUCCAUCAUCAAUCGAAUCAAGAUGGACGACUGGACUUCAUCCACCAAGAUUGAAAUGCUUGUCUAUGACCUGUACAAGCUGCGAAGCAAGAAACAAACCCACAAGAGCAUUGUGUUCUCUCAAUUCACCUCGAUGCUCCAGCUUGUCCAGUGGAGACUACAGAAAUCUGGCUUCAGCACCGUCCUCCUCGAUGGCAGUAUGAGUCCCAUUCAGAGACAGAAGUCCAUAGAUUACUUCAUGAACAACGUCGAUGUCGAGGUCUUCUUGGUGUCCCUCAAGGCUGGUGGCGUGGCUCUCAACUUGACCGAGGCGAGCAGGGUGUACAUCGUUGAUCCGUGGUGGAAUCCCGCGGCUGAAUGGCAAUCCGCCGAUCGAUGCCAUCGCAUUGGCCAACGUCGUCCCUGUGUCAUCACUCGCCUGUGCAUUGAAGACUCGGUCGAGUCGAGAAUGGUCCUUCUCCAGGAGAAGAAAGCCAACAUGAUCAACGGCACCGUCAAUAAUGACCAAGUUGCGCUCGACAAAUUAACACCAGAGGAUAUGCAGUUCUUGUUCAGAGGAACUUGA